CACGUUUGUUAUUUGUCACUUUCUUUUAAGAAAAGAGGGUUCCGAUCAAUCGUAUCAAUCAUAUCAAUCAUUGGAACCCUCUUCCAUACCAGCUAUACAAUAUGGCCCCUUUUAAUAGCAAAUCAUUAUUCGAUAAUGCUUGUUUCAAGUUACGGCGAUCUCAUCGGAUACAGGAUAUCUUGAAGAUAUUAUCUAUCAAGCGGCGCAAGAGUCAUAUCGAUGAUGGAGGAGAUUCUAAUGAUGUUAUUAUUGAUAAUGAUGAUCAGUCAUCUAUCGGCAACCCAGUCAGCCCUGCUGAUUCCAGCGCCGCUAUGACCAAUAUCAGCGACGCCAACAGCGAUACGCCAAAGCUCAAGACUAGCAUAACUCAUUCACCUGGAGAAGAUCGAUCCGAGCGGAAUGUUUCUGGCUUUUUACUUCUUCCCCAGGAGCUGUUUGACAACAUAACCAGCUACCUCGCCCACGCCAACAUCGUAUGCCUGGCCCUCGUCAAUAAAGAACUAAUGUCACGUUUCUUGCAUUCGUGUACGGAGCUUGAGCUACUAGGCCCCAGCGAAGCCUCUUCAUAUAAAGCUUUAAACGCAUUUAUUAAAAAAACGGAUGGCUCUAAGACUAAGAUCCGAGGGACGCUGCUUAGCCUUUUAGACUAUGACUUGUUAGACCUCGUCUACUGCUAUAAGUGCAAAAAGCUCCACGAUCCAUUCCUAACCUUUAAAGACCGCGCUUUUGCGCCGCAGAAAGCUUCCAAAUGUAUUGAUUGGUCUAUGGAGCAUCAUAUGCCUUCGCGUGCAACUAGGAAGUUGCUUCGUACUAUUACAAAACGCCGAAUUCAUGGUGCUGAAUAUAGACAUAUGUUACAGCAGGUCAAUAAUACACAGACAUCUUACCAAAAGGGAUUCAUGAUUCAGUAUUCCCUACGCAUAAGAUAUCGCGAGGAUGAUCUAAUUCUCAGAAAGCAGCAAGUGGUCUCCUCCAUCGAUAAGUCAGUGCUGGCAUUAUGGUUGUUCGGGCAGAUACUACGAGACCCAUCUCACACGUUUAUAUCAUUGCCCAAGGUUCAUCCAAUAUGUAAUCAUCAAAAUUGGAAUACGAUCUACGCACCGAUGGUAAAGCAGUGGAUCGAGCCCUUCUGCACCGCCGAUCAUACUGGCGAAACUGAGGUGCAGCAUCUGCCAUCUUGUUUUAGUAGCGAGUUGUUCGACGUUUCAAAACAGGAUGGGCACAUGAUCUACGAAAGACUGAAAUGGUUAUCCUCUGGGACUAAACGGAAUCCGAUGGACGUGCCUAUGCUGUUGGGAGAUGUUUCAGGCUGUGGCAAAUGUACGGCUGAUUAUAGCAUCGAUGUCGUCCCCUUACCGGAACCUUUCAACUGGGGCUUUAUCCUAACGACGUGGUUGGAUGUUGGUAAGAUUGACUUCUGUAAGAAAUGGGAUAGCCACAGGGACGCGCGGCCGUGCCGAGAGAUCAAACGGGACUUCAUUCACGGCGAUAUAUGUCAGAGAUUCGAGGACAUAACAUCGAAGCACGAUUAUCGGCCGCAGAUCAGCGAGCUCAAUAUAGAGAGGAUGCACAACUACGGAUGGAGUGCGCGGGUAAUGAGCGGGAAAGAAAAAUACAUCAACUGGUCUUCGGGACAUACCUUCAAUCCGGCAACGGGUCAAAUAGAGGAUCCGGAUCCGCUAGACGAGGCAGAUUACUGACGAGAGAAUACCACGCCCAGGUAUCAUCGUCACGAAGACUCGAGGGCAUGACGUAUGAUGUCCCUACUAAUUCAACCUCGAUAAAGCGGGAUUUAUAUGCAUGGGUGGGCGUUUCAAGGUCAUGGGAGGUCUUCUGUUUUGAUAGAGAUCUAAUAAAAUAGGGCAAGGAGCCUAUAGGUCCGCAUUAUAAUCAACAUAUGAUUAAUAUUAGCUUCUUCAUAUAUAUGAGAACAUCAACCUCCAGUUUUGAAGCC